GUCACAAGCAUAUAAAUAAGAGGAAAGGGGAGAAGGAUAUCCAGAUGUGGCUGCUUGCUUGGCGCUGAGACAAGAAACUGCGGGAUACAGUUUGCAGAAUGGCCAACAAAAGCAGCAGAACGGAACCUGCCAGUACGAACCUACCCGGUGUUGAACUUCAGUCCCACGACAAGCAGCAGCCUUCGAACAGCAGCGCUGUGGUCGCCGUCACGGAGGAAGAGGAGGAGCCGACUUUCCAGCGCGCGGUGCCCACCAGGGAGUCCCUGAGGUGCCCGCGAGGCUCUGUGGUCUCCUUCCACGACAUCCAGUACACGGUGAAGAUCUCAAGUGGCCCCUGUUGCAAACGCAAGGUGGUCAAUAAGAAAAUCCUUCACGGGGUCAACGGUAUAAUGAAGUCAGGACUGAAUGCUAUUCUUGGCCCUACAGGAGGUGGGAAAUCUUCGCUGCUGGAUGUUCUGGCUGCAAGGAAGGACCCAGCAGGGUUGUCAGGUGACGUUCUCAUUGAUGGAGCCCCACAACCUUCAAAUUUCAAAUGUAUCUCUGGCUAUGUUGUCCAGGAUGACGUUAUCAUGGGCACCUUGACUGUCCGAGAAAACCUCCUCUUCUCAGCGGCUCUCCGCCUCCCCACAUCCAUCUCCUUCAAGGAGAAGGAGGAACGUGUGGACAAUGUCCUGUCUGAACUUGGGCUGACCAAAGUGGCCAACUCCAAAGUUGGCACACAACUGAUCCGAGGUGUCUCUGGAGGAGAGAGGAAAAGAACAAAUAUUGGGAUGGAGCUCAUCACUGAGCCUCCUGUUUUAUUCCUGGAUGAACCCACUACGGGCCUAGAUGCCAGCACUGCCAAUGCUGUCCUUAUUCUCUUGAAAAGGCUCUCAAGAAGAGGGCGAACAAUUAUUUUGUCCAUUCACCAGCCACGCUACUCAAUAUUUAAGCUGUUUGACAGUUUGACUUUAUUGGCUUCUGGGAAAAUGAUGUACCAUGGGCCAGCCAAAUCUGCAUUGGGAUAUUUCAAAUCCCUUGGUUAUGAAUGUGAAUCUUUCAACAAUCCAGCUGAUUUCUUUCUGGAUGUGAUUAACGGGGACUCUACAGCAGUAGCAGCAAGCAAGGACUUCAAUGAAAGCUCAAAGGAAGAUGACUUGGAAGCAGUCAAAAUUCAUGAUCAUGAAGCCGUUGACCAGAGUGUGGUGGAGAAACUCAGUGAGGCAUAUUUGAAGUCCUCAGAAUAUAGAAAUGUGCAAGAUGCCUUGAAGAAGAUUGAAGCCGGCUUGGGGCAGAGGAAGAAGAGGAAGAAGCUUGUGUCGAUCACAUAUGCCACCUCCUUCUUCACUCAGCUUCGCUGGGUGACCAUGCGUGCCGUUAAGAACUUGAUUCGGAACCCUCAGGCUUCGGUUGCACAGGUUUUAGUAGUUAUUGUCCUGGGCCUAAUUGUUGGUGCUAUUUUCUUUGGAGUCAAACUCGAUGCCAGUGGAAUCCAGAACAGAGUGGGCUCCUUAUUUUUUUUAACCACCAACCAAUGCUUCUCCAGUGUGUCUGCAAUUGAGCUUUUCAUCACCGAUAAGAAACUGUUCAUCCACCAGUACACCAGUGGAUACUACAGACUGUCUGUCUAUUUCAUCUCAUUACUGCUGGGAGACCUCAUUCCAAUGCGAACUUUGCCUGCAGUAAUUUUCUCAUUAAUCACUUACUGGAUGAUAGGCUACAAGAGAGAGCCUGGCAACUUCUUUUUCUUCAUGUUCACACUGAUAAUGGUGUCCUACACAGCCACUUCAAUGGGUCUUGCCAUUAGUGCAGGAAUGGAUGUUGUUGGAAUAGCAAACCUCAUUAUGACCAUAUGCUUUGUCCUCAUGCUUAUCUUUUCUGGUCUGCUGGUGAACAUCCCCUCUAUAAUGGACUGGCUCAACUGGCUAAAGUACUUCAGCAUUCCGAGAUACGGACUAACGGCCCUAGAAGUGAAUGAGUUCAGAGGCUUGUACUUCUGUGGAGAGAAGCAGAACAAUACCAUGAGCUUUGCAACAGCAAUGUCAAACUGUUCACACAAUGCGCAACAAUUUGGAGCAGUGUGUUAUGGAGAGGCUUAUCUCUGUGGACAGGGGAUCAACUAUAAUGACUGGGCAAUGUGGGAAAACAUUGUUGCUUUGGCCUGCAUGACCAUAAUCUUCUUGACCAUCGCUUAUAUAAAGCUGAAAGUUAUGAAAAAGUUCACAUAACCUUUACCUUUUCUUGUAAUGUUAUCAGAUUUUGUAUGUGCUGUUAGGAGUGUUACAAGCACUGGAAUCCAUUAAGCACCUUAGAACACCUCAGCCUCUAUGAAAGGGUAUAAAAUACAUUUGAUUAAGCUGUAUGCAGAAUGUUGUUUUGAAGCUGCUGCUCUGCAUAAUUACUGUAUUCUUAUCACAAUCUAAUGUAAUGACAUACUGUAUACAUGCUGGAACAUUAGCAAUUUUUCCUCAAGACUAUCAGUGUAAGAUCCUGUUCAAAAGGUCCAUUCAAGACCAUUUUUAUGCAACUAAUUGGAAUACAUAUCUCAAGCACUGAAGAAAAAUGUCAGAACUC